AUGAGUUUGAUUGACAUUAUCUUAGAAUCCUUUUUAUCUGAUGAAAAUAAUACGUAGAGAAUUUUAUAAAAGUAAAAAAAUAUUGUACUUCACAUAACUGGAGAUGGAAUAUUCACUGAAAAAAAUAUAAGCUUAAUUUUAAGGCAUCUUAAGAAAAUCUAAAAUAUUAAGUCAUUUGAGCUUAAAUUUGAUGAGCAUAUUGAUUUAAGUGAAGGAUGUGUAAAAGCUUUAGAAGAUUGUAUUUAAAAUUAAAGAAAUCCUUGCAAUCUGGCUUUAAUUUUUGGAAAAAAUUGCAAAUUAGGAUUGAAUGGAAUAAAUAUUUUAAUAAAAAGCUAUUUAAAUCUUACUUAAUUGGUUUCUCUAACUUUAGAAAUCUAGAGAUGUAAUUUUUUAGGGUUCUAAGGAGCUAAAUCUAUUAGAGAAUCAUUAAAAAACCUUACGUAAUUAAAAUAAUUUAGGUUGUAGAUAAAUGAUCAAAAUGAUAUAGGAUUUGAAGGUGCUUUAGAAAUUUCAUAAGGAUUGUAGUGCUUAAAAAAUUUGAAUUUACUUAAAUUAGAUAUACAUCAUUCAAAUAAAUUAACUUGCUUAGGCUAUUUAUCUAUACAGAAAGCUCUGAUGUAGUUAAAUGUAUUAGAAGUAUUUUGUUUAUAGCUUUAAGGAUAACUUUCUGAUGUUGAAAAUUCUAUAGAGAUAGAACAAAUAAUUAGAUCUAUAUAAAACGUAUUUUAAAUGUAAGAAAAUUUGAUUCACUUAUCUUUAGUUUUUAAAUUAUCAGAAAGACUUGAAGAUACUCAAAUAAAAUAAUUUUUAACUGGUAUUAUUAAUAUCAAAAAAUUAAAAACACUUGAGCUAACAUUUGACAACGACUAAAUAACCAACUAAGGUUUUGUGUUGAUUGGAGAUUUGUUAAAGAAGUAAAACUAACUAGAGGAAUUAAAACUUGAAUUUGGGGAAUCUAAUCUAAUAAAUAUAUAUGGUUAAUCAUCUCUUUUGAUAUCUUUAGGCUAUUUAUAGAAAUUGCUUAAGCUUGAAUUAAGUUCUUCAGAGUUUUACGACUCUACAAAUGCAAUUUAGUCUCUUUCUCUAGCUUUGAAACAUUUAAAGUAGCUAGUUUCUUUUUCGUUAUCAAAGGAGACAGAAAUAUAUUUAAAAAAUAACUUCUCAAAUAAGUUUAGAGGAAGAAUAUUCGUCUUGGUUAAGAUAAAUGGGGGUGAUUGA